GCGGAUCGAAAGCCUUUUUUGGGUAAAAUAAGGGUUUCUGCCGAGCCCGCUCGCCGCCGUCCCCUCUUCCGCCGAGGUCGUUCGCUCCCCAAAUCGUCGUCGUGCUGCCGUGCGGAGAUGGCGGCGUUUGCGGCGAAAGGGUCGCUGCGGGGGGGCUGCUUCACGGCGAGCGGCCUCUCCGGGAAGAACCCUCCUCCAAGUAACAGCUUCUGCAACCACUUUGUGCCGUCGCGGAGCAACGCUGUUCCGUCCAUGGCCUGGGGCAUGGGCUGCGACAGAAGGCAGGUGAAGCUGAAGGCCCAGGUGCCUAAGUGGGUUUUGCUGAACGAUGAUUAUCUGUAUGAUGAUCAAGCAUUACAGAUCGACACAAUUGUUUCCAGUUCAGCUGUGUACAUCGACCUUCUCAACAGGGAACGUUAUCGGGAUCCAGUGUUAGGGAGAACAAAGCCGGAGGUAACAUAUCAGCACAAGCAGCGCCUGGAGGCUGAUGAGAAGCGCUUGAGAGAUCUUGUGGAUGGCCUGGUUGAGUCCAUCUCAUCGGACAGUAAGAACUACAGAUACGUCAUAAUGUCCAUCAAAGAGAAUGCUAAUAUGAUUAUGGAGGAGGGUUUUAUUUCCUCUUAUGCUCGAGAUGAAAUUUUAGAAGGUCUUGAAAGGAUAGAGAAGGACAUUGAAGUGGGAAAAUUCCAUUGGAGAAACAAUAAAGAUAUCCGGUCUAACAUUGUUGAAGCACUCAUUGACAUAGUUGAAGGGCCAGCAAAAAGGCUGGAUGCAGUAAUAAGCCGUUACGCUCAAAUUCUUACAGUCCUCCAAAUAUGGUGUCAUGACUCCAUUGAUAAAUUUGUUGCCCAGAUAAAAGAACUCCAGGUUGAGCUUGUUUUGCUAGCGAUAAGAAAUGAGGGAUUGGUCCUACCUUGCACCGCUAGGAAUGCAGACUGUAUUCUACUUGGCGAUCUGGUAUUAUCAAAAGUUGAACAGCUAGAAAAUGAUGUCUCUCAGCUGGUUAGCUGCAAAAACAAGAUUGGCUCUACACUACAAACUUCUUUCCUUUCAGGCCGCACCGAUGAUUCUAUGAACAGCUUAUCAAAGGGUAGUUUGCAUCACAUAUGCAAUUCUAUUUUGAAAUUUGGAAACCUGAUCGUUGGUGACAUCGCGCACGAUGUUACAGAUCUUGAACAGGACCUGCAUUCAUGGAUGCGGAUGUUGACACAAAAUGAUGAAGUGACCCAAAGUUUAUUGCUUAUGUGGAGGCACCAGAUUGAUCUAGAUAUUUUUAAUGUCAUUCAAAGUUCUGGCUCUAUCUACAAUGCUGAUGUGGAUAGCAGCAAGCGGUUUUUGAAAGCCUGUAAAGUGGUUCCAGAAAUGAUCAGAGCAGCUAGAGGGUUUGUAAAACACACAUCUUUUAAUCACGAAAAGAUCCAGAGCUUUCCACCUAAGAGUUUUCUUGAUGCUCCACAGCUUGCAGGAUUCCGUUCAGCCAAGGAUCUGGAUCACGGAGCUGGCGCUGCUGCGAAGCAAGAUUUCAAAUUUCACAGUGACCAUACAACGGGGAGGCUGCUUGGCUGGCUUCGACGUCUUCAUCAAUCCGGGCAGAAUAGCUAGCUAAACAUACAUAUGGUAAAUAAAAAGUAACUAGACAAUAUAGAUAACAAAAGGUUAAGUGGUAAUGUGUAUGAUCUAUUUAAGUUGAAAGAAAUUCCAGCGCCCGAAAAUUCAUUGGCGUGCCCGGGCUCGCCUGCUUA